GCGGGCGGGCGGCUCCGGCUCCGGCUCCGGCUCCGGCUGCUCCGCGGAGCAACAGGGCUGGCGGCGGGAGCACCCCUGCGGCUCGGCCGCGCGGCUGCUAGCUGCAGCUUUAAAAAAUCAGGCAAGAACAGCCCGUAGUAGAGGGCUGCUGUCUCCUCUCGGUGGGGUUUUUUUUUUGAUUUGGGUUUUUUUGUUUUUGGUUUGGGCUUUUGGGGUUGGGUUUUUUUUGUUUUUGUUUUUGUUUUUUUUUUGGUAAGCAUGACCGAAAACCGGCACAACAAGUGGAUGAUGCGGGCGGGUGCUGGCUGAGCCGUGCCGUCUGGACGUGUCGGGGGGAGAAACUGCAAGAAGCGACGCCCGUCCUCCCGUCAGUGGAAACAGGCUUGGUACGCGGAUUAUUUAACGUUUUACAAAUCUGCUGCGAAAGCUGGGCUUGGAAGGACUAGUGAUUGCGCUCAUCCAUUCAUUCCAUCCGUCUCUCACACACACACGAACACGCCGCCUUCAUUUUUUUCCUUUUGGAACAAGACUCUUGCUUGUUGCCUUUUUGCAAAUGCCUGGGCGAGAAGCGGUGUCUGUGGCUGUGCAGAGUGCCCCCAGCCUAAGCUGCCUCACUGGCUCACUCUUGGCGCUCUUGUUGCACCCGGCAAGAAGGGAGAGAAAUAACUGGUCAACCUGUGGUGCUGACUGACCGUACACACCUGCAAAUGUAGAUCAGUCGGCAUAGCCCCCUCCUCAGGACUGCUGUCACCAGAUCCUUACACUAGCAGGAACAGCAUUGCUAUUUCUCUGCCUAGGAACAGUUAAGUGCUUCUUCUGCAUGACCAUAACCAAAGGGUGACCCAUCCACUCCCUUAUGUCCUAUGGGGACCUCAGAGCCAGUUUCUCAGUCUUCAUCUCCUCCUCCUCCUCCUCCUCCUCCUCCUACCACUGCUGCUGACGCCCUGGGUGCUGCUCCCAGGUUUGAGACAUUACUGACAGGCUGAAGAAAGGAUUUGCAAAGACCUCCUCACUGUGUAAAUAAAGUGAUGGCUGGAAUUAACUUCAACUCCCCAAGUAAUGAUAUUAAACAGUAAGAUUGUUAGGCCAAAGCAUUACCAGGAACAAAUUAUGAGGAAAGAGACUAUUUGCAUUUGGUUGCAAUGAUGAACUAAAACCAUCUGUGGAGAGCAGGUACCCUUUGAUUUGUGUAUUUUUUUCCUCAUGAAUGCCUGCAAGGUAGUCAUGAUUCUGAUCAGAUCUGUGAUAGCCACAGGAGGUAAAUGAAAAUAAAGGGGCUUGGUGGAUGAAAGAACAAGGCCUCAGCUGUUCCCUGGUUCAAUCUGAGAGUUUCAUCUUUUCUUAUUAGCAAAACAGUAGUUUGUGUCAAACAUUCUGGACAAUAAGAAAAUGCAGAUCUGUGGUUUUCCAAAACAUAGAUUCAGUCUUACAACUAUGUUGCCCUGGUCUGUGUCCAAGGGACUGUCCUCCAAAUGCAAAUGGCUUUGAACUUUCUAGUGAAAGCUAAGGUUACGCUGUAAAUAAAACGAAACCUUUUUGCAUUAAGCGAUAAAAAAAAGCAGUUGCAAAAUGGAGGUUGCAAUGGUGAGUGCAGAUAGCUCUGGGUGCAACAGCCACAUGCCCUACGGAUAUGCGGUCCAAGCUCGGGCCCGAGAGAGAGAGCGGCUGGCACAGUCAAGAGCCGCAGCAGCUGCAGCCGUAGCAGCAGCCACAGCAGCAGUAGAAGGUGGGGCAACAGGUGGAGGUGGACCGUAUCACCACUACCAUCAGGAACAGAGUCGAGGUGCAUCCUCCUCUCAUGGUGGGAAUGCGUCACGCAGCAGCAUGCCCCACCGCCAGAGUGGUAAGAGGCGGAAGAAAGGGAAGAAGAGGAGCCACCACUUGGGAAGUAGGGAGUGUGGGGCCUCCUUCCCCUGUUCUGAGCUGCUGCCUCUCAGUGGUUCUGAAGAGAGAAUACUGAAGGACUUGAGUGAGGAGGAAGAGGAGGAUGAAGACGAGGAUGAAGACGAUGAGGAAGAAGGAAAGCUCUACUACAGUGAUGACUAUGGGGAGGAUGAGUUUUCAUACUCAGACCAGCCACCUGAUGAUGGUGGAGGCCCUGGGGGUUACAGCUCUGUUCGCUACAGUGAGUACGAGUGUUGUGAGCGUGUGGUAAUCAACGUGUCAGGACUGCGGUUUGAGACACAGCUGAAGACAUUAGCUCAGUUCCCGGAGACGUUGUUGGGUGAUCCAGCGAAGCGAGGGAGGUACUUUGACCCUCUCAGGAAUGAAUACUUCUUUGAUAGGAACCGGCCCAGCUUUGAUGCCAUCCUGUACUACUACCAGAGUGGUGGUCGGCUGAAGAGGCCAGUCAAUGUACCCUUUGACAUCUUCACCGAGGAGGUGAAAUUCUACCAACUUGGGGAGGAGGCCAUGCUCAAGUUUAGGGAGGAUGAAGGGUUUGUCAAAGAGGAAGAGGACAAAGCUUUGCCGGAGAAUGAGUUUAAGAGGCAGGUUUGGCUGCUGUUUGAGUACCCAGAGAGCUCCAGUCCAGCCAGAGGCAUUGCCAUCGUCUCUGUCUUGGUCAUCUUGAUCUCCAUUGUCAUCUUUUGUCUGGAGACUUUGCCAGAGUUCAGAGAUGACAAAGAAUUCGUCAUGUCCCUGAGCUUAGGGAAGGGACUUUCCAAUGAGUCACUUCACCUGGACGCUGGGGAGCACACCAUCUUCAAUGACCCUUUUUUCAUUGUAGAGACAGUAUGCAUCAUUUGGUUCUCCUUUGAGUUUACAGUGCGCUGCUUUGCAUGUCCAAGCAAAGCACACUUCUUCAAGAACAUCAUGAACAUCAUAGACAUUGUCUCCAUCUUGCCUUACUUCAUUACUCUGGGCACUGACUUGGCGCAGGAGCAGGGCAGUAAUGGUCAACAGGCUAUGUCUUUUGCCAUCCUGAGGAUCAUCCGUCUGGUCAGGGUGUUUCGCAUCUUCAAGCUCUCCAGGCACUCCAAGGGUUUGCAGAUCCUGGGUCAUACACUCAGAGCCAGCAUGAGGGAACUCGGCCUCCUCAUCUUUUUUCUUUUUAUUGGAGUCAUUUUGUUUUCCAGUGCUGUUUACUUCGCCGAAGCUGAUGAGCCUGCCACCCAUUUUCAAAGCAUCCCAGAUGCCUUUUGGUGGGCUGUAGUGACCAUGACUACAGUUGGUUAUGGGGAUAUGAAACCCAUAACUGUGGGUGGGAAAAUAGUUGGGUCCUUGUGUGCCAUUGCGGGAGUGUUAACCAUUGCUUUACCAGUGCCAGUGAUUGUCUCCAAUUUUAACUAUUUCUACCACAGAGAGACUGAGAAUGAAGAACAAACGCAGCUGAUGCAAAAUGCAGUCAGUUGCCCUUACCUCCCAACAAAUUUACUGAAGAAAUUUAGAAGCUCAUCAUCUUCAUCCACAGAGGAUAAAUCAGAAUAUUUGGAGAUGGAAGAAGGAGUUAAAGAAUCUCUUUGUGUAAAGGAGAAAAAAAGUCAGGACACGGGGAAUAGCAGUGAGUCAGAGAAGAAAAACUGUGUAAAUUCAAAUUCUGUGGAAACUGAUGUGUAAUUUUGAACGUUUCCAAAUAUAUUUAUGCAUUAAAGAGUGCAGUGAAAAUAAUUAAAUAUGCAAACGAGUCCACAGCAUACAGUAGUAUGCCAUUCAAUGGUUAAAUACGAAUAAAAAGUGUUGCUAAACUUGUAUUACAUAUCAAGUAAGUGGUAUAACUUGAGGAAGGGAUUGCUAGAUCUGAUGUAAUUUCAGACUUUAUAUUUUUAUUAGAAUGCAAGUGUUUUGCACAUGAGGCUGAAAAAUUUAUUAAAACUAAGUCAGUUUUAAAGUGGGUGCAUGAACUGUCGACAUCACUAAUAACAGCUCUGUGGUAAAAGUUGGCAUUCAGAGGUAUUUACUAUGUAAGAAGCAAUGAAGUUUGGUAGUCAUUUAUCUAUUUAUCAGUGCUUUAAUAGCAGCUACCAUAAAUCAUUGGAUACCAUAGUCAUUGUUUUUCAAAUGGUAAAUUUAUUGUAAAAAGAUAUUCUACAGAAGAUAGAUCUAAAUUUUUUUCUUGAAAUCUAUAAUGCUUGUUUUUAACUGGAAAUUUACUUUGAAAAGGCUGCUGAACCUCCAGAAAUUGUUUAUUUUUAUAACUCUCUUUGGAGGCAUUGCAGCAUUUGUUGUCUAAUAAUGAAAGAAAUGAAGUAAGAGAAUCAUUUAACCUGGUCUGACUGCAAAGGCAAAAUGACUGGAAUGCUUUUUUGCACUACUUUAUAUGCUGGAGAUAUAUUGAAAGAGACUUCAUACUGUGAAUGUUUACUAAUGUAAUAGUUCAAUGACAAUCAUUGGAAGAGUGAAUUCUGCAUCAUAUUUUAUUGUUUCUUUUUUCUUUAUGUGAUGCUGAUGGCGAAACAGCUAACAUUACAUUAAUUCCAUACUCUUUUUAAAAUUAUGAAUAUCUGUGAUCUGGAAAGGAUUGUGAAGUAAAAUUUUAUAAUCAAAAUUAUUUGAAAUCAGUGUUUUCUACUGAUGCCUGCAAGAAACACCAACCGAAUUUAUAUCUUUUUCCUGGUUAAUUUAACAUUCAGAGUCUAUGAUUAGUACAUGCACUUUGUCAGUAUGAAAGAAAUUCAAUGCAUGGGAGGAGAAGGUAGAAGUAAUAAGAUAUUCAGUUGUUGCAGUACUGACAAUUGAGAAUUGCUAACUUUUAACAUGCUAUUAUUGGUGCUGCAUUUUCCCUUAAUUACAGCUUUCACCCAUGUGUAUUUGAAGCAACAUUUAAGAUCCAAAAUAGGCAUUCUGGGAUUCAGAAUGAACAUGUUGGGUCCCAUGCAGUCCUUGAGAAAGCUUUCCAUGAUUUCUUCUCACUGAUUCUUAGGCCAGCUGUAUUUUACUAUGUGUCAAAAACUUCCAUUGCCCUUCCUAGGAGAUUAAGGUAGGUAAAAAUUCUCUGGCCCACAGUACAUUCCAGACUCCAAAAUGAAAUAGGUAAGAUAUUGCUGCAUAUAACAUAAAUAAUAGAUUCAGAACUGGCAUUUUUUCAGGCUUAUAAUUACCUAGGGAAGGCACAAUUAAACUGGAACUGUUUUUGAAGCGGCACUGUGGAACAUUCCAGAUUAUAAAACUUGAACCAAAUCAGCAUGUGCACUUUAGGGGCUGGGACAGGCCAUUAUGAGAGGAAAAGGGGCUUACCAACACUACUGAAUUACAGUGGUUUUGCAAUGUUCAUUUACAGCUGAGUGGAGGAUUUUUGCAGGGAGAGAAGUAGUUACUGACUGACUUACAGUUCUGGAGCUGAAAAGCAACAAUAAAAGCAGUCCAAAUUGGGCACCCACGACAUUAUGCAUAAUCUAUCAGAUAAGCAUUGUUUGCUGUAUGCAGCAUCCAGUGGUACCAAACAGAGCCAUAGACAUCGGUUUUUCUUUAAUGGUUGAUUUUUGCCCUCAUGGAUUUUCUGUGAAUCACCUCUUCGAAAAGUUUCUCUGCUUGUCCUCUUUUGCAUUGCAGAAGAACUAAUAAAACCCAAGACACACACUAAAGACUGUGUUGUGGUGAGCCCUGCUUCAAAACUUGUGUUUAAAUGUCUGAUUCCUUAUUUAAAAUCAUAGAGCGGGCUUCACUAUGUUUUUAAUGUGAAGCAUUAAACAAAGCUCCUUUUUAGUGUGGUGAUAUUAAUUCCAACUGUUUUGAGUGAAACAACUCAGUAAUUUUAUACGUAGGCAUUUGCCAAAAUUGAAUAUUGCAUUUUGUUGUAGCUGACCUGAGUUAAAUGUUCUAAAUACUUUUUUUCUACAGGGGCAAUAUCAGCAGUGAGGAUGAGCAUUCUGUAAAAUCUGGUAAAAAUCCAUAACUGAAAGUGUUUCUUUAACAGCUAGUAGUUAAUGACGUAAAGACCAUAAGGGUUCUCUUGUAAGCUAGCUUGCUGGUAGUUCUGCAUAAUACCAGAGACCAUAGCAAGAAUGUAGGAGUAGGUAAAUAAUGAACUUGGAGAAAAUAAGUAGUACGUGUUUGCAGUAUUGACUGGUUGAAAGGGAAGGUGGUUCAUAAGAGGUGGAAUUUUAGAUCUCUAAUGGAAAUAAGGAAGAAAAUUCUUUGAAUAACUCUUAGAAUAUGUUCACACUGCGGACAUGGUGCUCAGCAUGAGGUAACUGCUUAAGUAGUUACCCAGGUUCUCCAGCAAGUUGUUCAGCUAUUCUGCUACCAGUACACAACCUUUUAAUUUAAAAUGAGUGUGGCAGUGUCUACAUUAUGCUGUGAUCAUAGCAGUACCUCACUCUCUGAAGAAAAAGGUCUUACUGUAGGACCUCGUAGCAGUUGGCAGAGCAACAUUCUGGGUGUGUCAGCACUAUAUACUGCAGUACUGUAGAGGCAUAUCCUAAGGUAACAGUGGAGCCUGCUCUGCCUCCUGCAGUGAAUAAACCUACCUAUGUACUUCAUCAUUACAAAUAAGAACUACUAUAGCUUAAUGUUAGAUAGUGCUAUCAGUUUGGCAGACCAUUCUGAAUCACAGAAAGAACUGUGCAUUCUGGAAUGGAAGCAAAUACCUUUACUUGGGCUGGCUUAUCAUUUGAUUAUUCAACUACCCAUCGGUCCAGUCAGUUACAACACAGCUUGAAAAUGCCAAAGUGCUACCCCUAACACGCUAAACCCCAAAGAUCCUGAGUGCUUAACAAGAAACAGAAAUUUCCAUUAAGUAUUACUUCUGUUGAAAUUGUGUGCCAGUAUUUGAGCUGUUACAGCUCCAAGUUACUACUACUGCUUCUGUCAGAGCUUUCCCAGUGUUACUGGAUACUGACUACUCUCAGAAAAAUAAUUUUAUCAUCACUUGGGCAUUUUGCAUUUUACAUUUUAAAUUAUAGUGGUGAAAUGCAUUCCUGAUGUAACUGACGUGAAUGGAGUUACACAAGGGAUCGUUUUAGUUCUACUAAUGUAGUUCAAAUGAUUUCACAUUGACAUACAUUUCAGCUAAAAAUAAUGCAAAAUGAGAUAUUUUGAUAUAUCAGGUUCACUUGCAGUGGUGAAAAAAUUUGGAGGAGUUCCAUUAGAAUUCAUAGAAUCACAGCAGCAUCAACUCAGAUUUCAAAUAUAGGCUGAUACUUAACUGUGUACUGGCACUUAUUUAAAGAAAUUCAUAAGUCUUUUAAUAGUAAUCUUAAGUGCCAAGGCCAGACUCACAGGGAGAGAGUUUUGCCAGCUGAAGUAUUGGAUUUAAUGCCUGACUUCAGAGAUCCAUAGGUUUUUUUUCUUUAUUAGAGUCAUGGAGUCUUCUGAUGUUACAUUGAUUCCUUGAAGAUUUCAGCCUGGAUGCUGAAACUUAUAUUGAAGUGUUGUGUCACCCUGUUAGGGAGUUCUUGGCAAAGUUUUUUAGUGUUCAGUAAAGCUUUCUCAGAAUGAUUCCACAAGAGGCCAGUUCCAUUGAUGGAAAGUGUAAUUUGUUUGUAUUUGAAGGAAGAUUCUUCUGCUUACAUAGUUCUGUUGUGUAGAGUCCAUUUCUGUGACAGCCAUGUAAUGCAGAAUAAAUCUGGGAGAUCAAGGGAGUGAAAAACCCCACUGCUAUCAUGAUUACAUCUAAUUCAUGACAACAGUGUUCUUGGUAUUUGGGGAUAGUAGUAGGCAUUAUGGACUUCUUGUCAUCAAAAAUGGGAUUGGAGUGUGUUUUCAGUCAGUAAAACUUUUCAAGUAGCUUUGGAAUGUGAAAAUGAUUUUGCAUAAAUAUUGGUGUGCAAAGAAUUUGGGAUCAGGCCAUAACCUUGAAUAAAGGAUCAUUAUCUUGUAACUCCUGACAGAGAAAGUUCCUGUCAAGUAUGCUUUCAGGUGUUGAGAGUCAUUUGACGUGGGAUAUGAAAAAUCACUGCUAAACUACCCAAGAAUAUGAAAUACUUCCUCUUCAUAUUUGCAUAAAUGUAGGAUAAAUGCACUAUGGAAAAACAGCAAAAUAUGAGAAAGUCUAUUCCAUGUGUAACUAGUUUGUGGAAAGCCUUUCCUGCACAGCACUGAAAAAUGAAGUGUGUCUUUCUGGUGAUCCCAGAGUCAUAAAACUAAUUCUGAGUAUACGUUAAUUUUUAGCAUAAGCUUUACACUUUAUUGAUAGUCCUCAAAUUAAAUAUGAACUAUCCAUGGUGCUUUAGACUAUGUCAGUAGCUUCCUCUCACUAUUUCUUACUGGUUCCUUAUUACUUCUUACUGUCAUUGUGUCCAGUUAUAAAUACAGGCCUACUUUUUUUAAAUUAUUAAUUGACAUGAGACAGUAACAAAUAAAAGCAAAGAUUUUUUAAAAAAAUCUAUAAUACCUGGCAUAUAAGUUACAUAUUUUUCUUAUCAUUAAAUAAAUCUAAAUGAAAGUCCAUAACAUCUGUAGACGUGGGGCAGGGUAUCCAUUUUCCUGUUGCUAUAACUGAAUGAUCAAAUGCUUCUGAUUUUGCAGUGAAUAAGAUCUACUUUAUAGAUUUACCAUAUUUGUGCGCCUCUGAAAUGAAUGCUUGUAGAAAAAUUGGCAAUUUUUUAAAAACAAACAUUCCUUCAUUUCCACAGAAGUCAUCUAAUGUGGAAAAAGUGAUUGACAAAUUAAUUGUGGGUUAAAGUGCAUAAAUGUUUUGUAUCUGGCAACCAGGUACAAACACGAAACUUUACAUAUUGCUACCAUGCUUUCUGUGUAUUCAGAACUCUGAUGACAUUAAUUCUGAAGGAAAACUCAUUAAAGCAUUUUGUACUGA